AGGCUGGCUGUGGGUGUGAGGCAGCAGAGGCUUGUGUGUGUCCACCAUGGCCUGGACCGUGCUCCUCCUCGCCCUUCUUGCUCACUGCGCAGGUUCCUGGGCCCAGGUUGUGUUCACUCAGCCUCAGUCUGUGUCAGGGUCACUGGGGGAGACGGUCUCCAUUUCCUGCACACGCAGCAGUGGUAACAUUGGGGAUGACUUUGUGCACUGGUACCAGCAGCUCCCAGGCAAAGCACCCACCACAGUGAUCUAUGGUGAUAAUCGGAGGCCCUCGGGGGUUCCUGAGCGGUUCUCUGGCUCCAUCGACAGCUCGUCCAACUCUGCCUCCCUGACCAUCUCUGGGCUGCAGGCUGAGGACGAGGCUGACUACUACUGUCAGUCUUAUGAUAGUGGUAGUUAUGUGUUCGGCUCAGGGACCCAGCUGACCGUCUCUGGUCAGCCUACAGUGACCCCCUCGCUCAAUCUGUUCCCACCCUCCUCUGAGGAGCUCAAGGAAAGCAAGGCCACCGUGGUGUGUCUCAUCAACGACUUCUACCCGGGCGCAGCGGCAGUCACCUGGAAGGCAGACGGCAACACCAUCACCCAGGGUGUGGAAACCAGCAAGCCCGCCAAACAGAGCAACAACAAGUAUGCGGCCAGCAGCUUCCUCAGCUUGACGGCCAAUCAGUGGAAGUCCUACGGCAGCGUCACCUGCCAGGUCACGCACGAGGGCAAAGCCGUGGAGAAGAGCUUGGCCCCUGCACAAUGUUCAUAGGCCCCCACCACCCUCACCCACCACUGGGGACUGAAAAGCUGCAGGACCCGAGAAGGGUCUCACCUGGUCCCCCACUUACUCCGGUCACCCCACCCUUCCCCUUGAACUCAAUCAACUCUCAAUAAAAAUCCUCACUUUUCAAUCAGAAA